AUGGCAUCUCCGUGUAAUAUCUCUACCAUCCCUUACCCAGACUUACCUGGUGCUUCAUUUCUCUCAGGCACAGCUGUACCAGUGCUCAACUACACCGGGUCGAUUACACCACUUAACCAAGCAAUCCUUGCCAAUAUCACUUCACUAGACUUCUGCAACGUAACACUUACAUAUACGCAUCCGGGUCAAAACGACACGAUCAAUGUGAAGAUCUAUUUACCUUCUUCUUCAUCAUCAUCCUGGAAUGGUCGAUUUAUGGCCACAGGCGGUAGUGGAUUUGAUACCGGCUAUUACGAAACAUAUAUGAUCCCCCCUGUGGCUGAUGGUUAUGUGACAGCUGGGACAGAUGGUGGCCACUUUGUUGACAACGACGAUGUCGACACCACUGCAUUCUACACCUCAAAUUGGGCUCAGGUAUCACCUGGAAAUGUCAAUCUUUAUUUACUUCAAGAUUUUGCUUCGGCUGCCUUGAAUGAUAUGACGAUUAUUGGAAAAUCAGUUGCAUCUUCUUAUUAUGGAAAGAAUCCGGGUUAUUCAUACUGGAAUGGCUGUUCGACAGGUGGACGACAAGCUAUGAUGAUGGCACAACGGUAUCCAGAAGGAUAUGAUGGCAUUCUAGCUGGUGCGCCGGCAAUCAAUUGGGCAGAGUUUAUCCCCGCUUUGUAUUGGCCUCAAUUUAUCAUGAAUCAGCUGGGGGGUUAUCCCAAUGGAAGUGCGGCGAUUAUCACCUCGGAAGUAGCCAUGGUUGCUCAAGCAGCGUGGGAAGGUCCUAGAGCCGAAGACGGAAGCUUUGUGUGGUACGGAUUAAAUCCUUCGUGUCCUCUCAGCACCGGAACCGCCACAACUCUGUGUACGGAUGGAAAUGCGAAUUGUACCGGUGUCCCCAUCCCAUUACCGUCUGAAUGGAUUAAUCGCUUUGUUGUGAACAAUGCAUCGUUUUCUCUUGAUAAUGUCACCCAGCAAGAAUUCGCACGUCUCAUACAUUCAUCUGUCCAACAAUAUGCAUCGAUCAUCGGAACUGCGGAUCCCGAUCUCUCGGCAUUCAAAGAGACGGGAGGGAAAAUUCUUCCGUGGCAUGGCUUAUCCGAUCAACUCAUUCCUUCGCUCGGAACCGAAAAGUAUUAUGGGGAAGUCGAACAGAGGGAUGAGAAUGUGAGAGAUUUUUAUCGACUUUUUGAAGCGCCGGGAGUGCAGCAUUGCUCGGGUGGUAAUAGUCCUUAUCCGGUGGACUUGAUGGGGGCUUUGGUUCAAUGGGUUGAGCAGGGUGUGGCACCUGAUGUGCUGGCGGCAAGAACGACGCCGACGGGAAAUACAACGGUGAUUGAGAGGAAUUUGUGUCCGUAUCCGUUGGUGCAGAAGUAUGUUGGUGGGGAUUCUAAUGUGGCGAGCUCAUUUGUGUGUAGUUCGGAGGUUUAA